AUGUGCUACGACCGCUACGUUGCCAUCUGCAAACCCCUGCACUACGGGACCUUCCUGGGCAGCAGAGCUUGUGCCCACAUGGCAGCAGCUGCCUGGGCCUCUGGGUUUCUCAAUGCUCUGCUGCACACAGCCAAUACAUUUUCAGUACCUCUCUGUCAAGGCAAUAUUUUGGACCAGUUCUUCUGUGAAAUUCCCCAGAUCCUCAAGCUCUCCUGCUCACACUCAGGCUACCUCAGGGAAUUUGGGCUUAUGGUGGUUGGUGCCUGUUUAUCAUUUGGCUGUUUCAUUUUCAUAGUUUUCUCCUAUGUGCAGAUCUUCAGGGCUGUGCUGAGGAUCCCCUCUCAGCAGGGACGGCACAAAGCCUUUUCCACGUGCCUCCCUCACCUGGCUGUGGUCUCCCUGUUCAUUUGCACUGCCGCAUUUGCCCACCUGAAACCCUUUUCUAACUCCUCCCCAUCCCUGGAUCUGGCCCUGUCAGUUCUGUACUCGGUGGUGCCUCCAACAUUGAACCCCCUCAUCUACAGCCUGAGGAACCAGGAGCUCGAGCAGGCUCUGAGGAAACUGAUAUCUGGACCCUUUUCGGGAGAAAGAAACUGCCUUUUCUCAUUGGCAAAUCUGUCAUAA